ACCUGGGAGUGCCUGAAAAAGCCCGACACAGGCGGGUAGUGACGCACGAGCUGGAUGACAUCACCCUCCCUGCUGCCGGGUGGCGUGGAGGCUGCGGUGCCCGGAUUUGUGCAGCUUCUCUCGCGUGGGAGCACCAGCAGCCAGGACCACAGGGAAGAGCUUUGUGCUGAGUAGCUGAAGGCUUCCCGGCUGAGAACCGCCCUCCCCUUCGUUCAUUUCAGAAGCUGGGACAUCCUCCACGCGUUGUCAUCCUCCCGCAAUCCAGGAUGGACAAGACCCAAGAGCCCCCGGCCAUGACUGUCCACCUGCUGGCCAGCUCUGGACAGGGUGCGCUCCUGCAGCAAGCUCUGGACCAGCUCCUGGGCUGUCUUUGCCCAGAGGUCCGUCUCUUUAUGGUGUCAGAGCGGGUCAGUGCCGUGAAAAACUAUGACAAGUGCCACCCCAAGCGGUCCCGGUUCCCAGGGAUGUCUGUUCUGCUCUUCCUGCACCACAGCCGCGGAGAGGAGCGGCUGCUUGGAGUUCUCCACUCGCUGCGGCAGUGGCCCUGGCAGUGCUACCCCGGCCUGAGCCUGCAGGGCAGCCCGUGUCCCUACAGUCUCGCCGGUCAGGAGUUCUACACUCUGGACAACCACAUGCCCGUCUGGGGCGUGAGGCAGGUGCACUGCGGCACCGAGGUCCUGCGGGUGACGCUCUACUGCACCUUUGAUAACUACGAAGACGCCAUCAGCCUCUAUGAGAUGAUCCUGCAGAGGGAAGCCACCCCGCAGAAGAGCAACUUCUGUUUCUUCGUGCUCUACGCCACCGAGAGCUUCGCCCUGCAGCUGUCCCUGAAGCAGCUGCCCCUCGGAAUGUCUGUGGACCCCAAAGAGUCGUCGGUGCUGCAGUUUAAGGUCCAAGAGAUUGGCCAGUUAGUGCCUCUCCUCCCGCAUCCGUGCGUCCCCAUCAGCCGCACCAGGUGGCAAACGCAGGACUACGAUGGCAACAAGAUUCUGCUUCAGAUCCAAUCGAAUCCAGGUCUUGGUGUUAGGAACAGCGAGCUUUCCUUUCUGAAUGGCAACCCCGAGGCUGACAUGCUUCCCCAGGGAUCCAGGGUGACCCCGGUCUCCACAAGGAGGACCCUAGAGCUGAGAAGGCGAAGGAGCCGGGGCAGGAGGUUCAAAGCGGCUUCUCUGGAAUUUCCUGAGUCCAGUGGGAGCCCAGCAUCAGACAGCUCUCGUGGCACCUUGUGGAGAAGCCCUGGCUGCUCAUCCCAGGUCAGCAGCCCAGCUACAGAUGCCCAACUGCCUCUGUGUUCUUCCCACCUUGAACCCGGGGCCAGAAUGAAGGUCUUUGGUUGGGAAAAUGCCUUUGAGAAGCUGGAGGCAGAGACCAAUGUCGACACAGGGCGCACUGUGGUCAACUCUGAACCCAGGAAAUCGUUUCUGAGCAGGUUUCCGAGGGAUCUGCAGACCAGCCAGCCACCAUCAGCCUCCUCCUUAAGGGCAACUGCCUCCAAAAACAACAAAAACUUGAAGGAAAGCAUCCAUCCUUUGUCACUUGCUGGCCAAAGGGACCUUGAUGCAAGGAAGAUAAUCUCGAAAUGUCUUCAUCUGCCAGUUCAGGGUGAAGAAAAAGAAGGAGAAGAAGAAUUCUUUAUAUAGUAUAACGCAAUGUGGUUUUCUAAGAUACAAGAUCAAAUACAAUGUUCCAGAAAUGGAGCACUCUUUCUUGUUCAUCUGAGGGGGCCUGUAUGCUAGCCAUGCACAGGUCUGUAUUACUUUUAUUUGUUCAAAGUCUAAUGGUGUUGUAAGCGGUUGUUUGCAGGCAUGGUCAUGGUCAUAGACACACUAACCCAGCACCUAUCAGGAUAAUUGCAUUGUAUGGAAAUGAGUUGAAUGUGUUUUGCAAUGUUGAUUAGUGUAUGUAAUUUGGUUUUAAUUUUUAUUGGGGUUGCAUAGCUCAUCCCCCUGGACAGCAUGGGCUAUUUAUUCUUUAGUGUUUUAAUUUUUAUGUGACCUCCUUUUAUAACUAGGCCCUGUUCACCACAUACCCUCUAGGGAUUUAAGUUGUUUGCAUCUGGAAUGAGUUAACAUGCAAAGUGUUUUGAAAAUUAGGAAUAAUUAAUUGUUUUUCUGUUUAAUGAGCAGAAGCACUGGAAGCCAAAAAAAAAUCAGGUUAAAAAUGAAAGCUAAGGUUUCCUGCUCCUCCAUUUCUCACUUGUUUCUGCACUACUCCGGUGGGACCAGAGGCUCUCGCUACUACCCAGAGAGGAAUGUCACAUGACUGGGUGAUUCGAGAUCGCCACAGAGCAUUGGUUGGGUUAUUGGAGCAGGACUUGGGUUCAUCUGGCCAUGUUUGAAUUCCUAAAUUCCUUUGCAAUAUUCAUUCAUUCAACAAAUAUUUACUAGGCACCUAAGUUUGAAUCAGACAUUGAUAUAUGGUAUACAUACAUUCUGUGGCCAUCAAAUCAAAAGUGAUUAUGGUUCCACCAGUUUGAUAAAUCCAUCCUGUCAACUCAAGAAUAUAUUGAAGUCCAAAUUUAUUCCUCUAAGAACUUUUUCCAUAAUUCAUUCUCACAGUUGCUGCACCAGGCUGUGGAAAGCAUUCACAACCUGCAGAUGGAGACUGGGCAGAUUAUGCAUUGCAAUUAUAAUCAUAAUAGACAAAUUCUCAAUUGCUCAUGCGCUGCAUUUCUUUUUUCAGUUGGGUCUAUACCACAUUUUAAAAAGUCUAAGGUCUGUGUGUUUUAGUUAAGUUAUAAGGUUAUUCUUUUUUAUUAUAUAUAUGUAUUUUAUUUUUCAAUUACAGUUUAUAGUUAAUAUUAUUUUGUAUUAAUUUCAGGUAUACAACAUAGUGGUUAGACAAUCAUAUACUUUACGAAGUGUUCCCCAAUAUUUCCAGUACCCGCCUGGCACCAUGCAUAGUUAUUGCAAUAUUAUUGACUACAUUCCCUAUGUUUUACUUUAUAUCCCUGUUACUAUUUUUUAAUUACCAAUUGGCACUUUUUAAUAUCUUCACCUUUUCACCCAGUUCCCAAAACCCUCUCACCUCUGGCAAUCCUCAGUCUGUUCUCUGCAUCUAGGAAUCUGUUUCUGUUUUAUUUGUUUAUAUUGUUCUUUUGAUUCCACAUAUAAGUGAAAUCAUAGGGCAUUUGUCUUUCUCUGGCUGAUUUAUUUCACAUAGCAUAAUACUCUCCAGGUCUAACCAUGUUGUUGUAAAUGGUAAGAUGUCAUUCUUUUUUAUGGCCUAAUGAUAUUCCAUUGUAGAAUAUGUACCACAGCUCGAUAAAGGUAUUCUAUUUUAUGAACUUCCUUCUCCAAGACAGAUGUCACAUAAGACUUCAAAUGCUGAUUAGCUGGGUCUUUGGGAGACCUGGCUACUUAGUCCACCCAACUGGGGAGAAGGGUGUGCUCAGACCGAAGGACGAUUCUUAUGGCAGCAAGACUGGGCUGAGUUCGGGGUGCUCUGCCCAGCCCUGGGUCCAAACGAAUGACAGUUGCUAAUGGACAAAGACAUGACUUCUAAAUUGAUUUUUUGGGGUCGUUACAACAUCAAUAUAUUCUCAUUCUCAUUUUUUUCUCCCCCUCAGAUUAAAGGUAGAUCUUAAAAAGUGGGUGAAGAACUUAACUUUGGUAUGGUUUUCUAUAAUAACAUUUAAAAAAUGAAAGUCUUAUUUAAGUUGAACUGUUGAGCUUCUUUGAAAAGCCCAGCAGGGGGGCGUUCUGACAUUUCAUUCCCACCUUUAACAGGUUGCCUAAAUUUCUUUAACAUAAUACAUGGGUAAGAAUAUAAGUGCAUGGAAAUCAUAAGAAUAUUGCAAAAUUUGAAUGAGUACCUUAUAAAAUUGACUUGUAAAAUAAAACACUCUUCAAAUAUCACCUGCUCUAUUCUGCUCAACGUAGGAAUCCAAUUUACAACAUGAUAGGUUGAAAAUACCAGUGGGUGAGUUGGGAGAGGCCCAGAUUUUGGUUUCAAGCUUUAAAAUUUACUAUUUAUGAGACCUUGAACUGUCAGCCUCUUUGAUCCCCUGUUUCCUUAUCUAUAGUAAGGAAAGGUUGUUAGAAGAAUCAAGAUUAUGUAUAUGAAAGCAUUUGGAUAUUGCCAAGCAUUAUGAAUAUGCAAAAUGGUAUUAGUACAUGGUCCUUCAGACCCACACUUUUAAAAUGUCAUCGCAACAAAGGAUUUUUUGAAAUAGGUUUUAGUAAAAUCAAUGAUACAAUAAAAAUAUAGUGAUAUAAUGAUUACAAAUAAAAGAAACUUUUCUAAUAGU